GGAUCGUCUUCAAUCCUCCUUUCGAAGUCCAGGCGGAGAAUACUCGACGAGACAAAACCCAGCAGAUCGGGAAGGGAAAGAGAACAACUUUACAGGCAAGACAUGAAUCUAGGUUUCGUAAUUGGAGUUCUCGGCGUCCUUAUUCUUUCCCACGCCGCCUAUUCAACAAUCCAAUAUAGAGGAUUGUUGAAGAUCACGGAGGAAGAGUUCACCGGACCUCCGUUGAAUGUUGUUGUGGAGUUGAUCGUGGGACUAGCUCUCUGUAUGUGGGCUGCUUUGACUUUCCCUGGCAAGUUUCUCUCCAUUCACCCCGACUCCGAUGAAAACAGGGCGGUGUCUUUACCAGAUAACUCGGAUUUCAUGAUUUUCAAUCACCGUGGCCGCCUCUUCCCACCUGAGAUCACCAUGAAGUUUUGAUUUUUCUUCUUUUUUUUUCCGUUAUCAUACUGCUUAGUCAAACACUCUUCUGUCCAAUGUAAUGAGAUAUUGUUUCCAUUGAUAUUCUACCCUGUUUUCCCAUAAAUUUGUGAUUUUUGAAACUGACAUUGUUUAGGAAAAUGAAAAGUCAACAUAACGACAAA